GUUAAUCUUUUUUCAGUCGUAGGUGGAACUUCCGGUUGCCUGUAUAAACCGACUGAGGCCUCCCCAUGCGGUUUUGAUCCGGUUGAUUCAUAGUCAACGUCGUACGGGUAUUAGCUCUAUUUUGAGCUACGUUAUUACAGUUGAAAUUGUUUAAGAGACAAAGACACAGCAACACGUAUAAUGGCUGAGAAUGACGUUGAUAACGAGCUGCUCGAUUAUGAAGAAGACGAGGAGCCACAGGGAGCCCCUGAGAGCGCAGCCCCUGCAGGGAAGAAGGAAGUGAAGGGAUCCUACGUCUCCAUUCACAGCUCCGGCUUCAGAGAUUUUCUUCUGAAGCCAGAACUUCUCCGCGCCAUCAUAGACUGUGGUUUUGAGCAUCCAUCUGAAGUCCAGCAUGAAUGCAUCCCACAGGCUAUCCUCGGCAUGGACAUCCUGUGCCAGGCCAAAUCUGGUAUGGGCAAGACUGCUGUGUUUGUCCUGGCCACACUGCAACAGAUUGAGCCUGUUGAUGGACAGGUUUCUGUACUAGUCAUGUGCCACACGCGAGAGCUGGCCUUCCAGAUCAGCAAAGAGUACGAGCGUUUCUCAAAGUACAUGCCCACCGUGAAGUGUGCCGUGUUCUUUGGUGGCCUGAACAUCAAGAAGGAUGAGGAGACCUUAAAGAAGAACUGCCCUCACAUCGUAGUGGGAACACCCGGUCGGAUCCUCGCUCUGAUCCGCAACAAGAGCUUAAGCCUGAAAAAUGUAAAACAUUUCGUCCUAGAUGAGUGUGACAAAAUGUUGGAGGCGCUAGACAUGAGGCGUGACGUGCAGGACAUUUUCAGGAUCACACCCCACGAGAAGCAGGUCAUGAUGUUCAGUGCAACGCUGAGUAAGGAGAUCCGACCGGUCUGCCGCAAAUUCAUGCAGGAUCCAAUGGAGGUGUUUGUAGAUGAUGAGACCAAACUUACACUUCAUGGUCUGCAGCAGUAUUACUGCAAGCUGAAGGACAGCGAGAAAAACCGCAAGCUGUUUGACCUUCUUGACGUCUUGGAGUUCAAUCAGGUGGUGAUCUUUGUCAAGUCUGUGCAGCGAUGCGUCGCUCUCUCUCAGCUUCUGGUGGAGCAGAAUUUCCCUGCUAUUGCCAUUCACAGGGGAAUGGGUCAGGAGGAAAGGCUCUCUCGCUAUCAGCAAUUCAAGGACUUCCAGAGGCGGAUCUUGGUAGCGACCAACCUCUUUGGCAGAGGGAUGGAUAUUGAGAGAGUGAACAUAGUCUUCAACUAUGACAUGCCUGAAGACUCGGACACCUAUUUGCACAGGGUUGCCCGUGCUGGUCGGUUCGGAACCAAAGGCCUGGCUGUAACCUUUGUGUCUGAUGAGACCGACGCCAAGACUCUGAACGAUGUGCAGGACCGCUUUGAAGUCAACGUGGCCGAGCUGCCAGAUGAGAUUGACAUCUCAUCUUACAUCGAGCAGUCCAGAUGAGUCCCCCAGCCAGACAGAAGUCUCCUCAUCGUGGAUCCCGUCUUUUCUUUGGAAGCAGAUGUACUUCACUGUUGAUUUGAAAGCUCUGCACGUUUGUUCACAAAACAUUUAUUUUUUAUCGUCUGUUUAUGGGGAAGGGUGGGGGGGGGGGGUGAUUUUAAUUUGUCUUUUAUGGUUUUGUUUUUUUUGCCCAAUUAAAACUUUUUAUAAAAUGCCACUUUUAUCAUUGUGGUCUCUGGUGAGACGGUCUCUGUGUUGUCUUAUUGCAGUGUUGAUAUUAACCUCAUUAGACCCGAGGAAUAACUUGGGAGUUAUUUUAUUUCAUUUAUUUUUUUUUGUUUGCUAUAUCCCAAGCUUACCUUUUAUUGUAGGGUUUUAUAGUUUUUCUCAAAUGCUAAACGGCAUUGAUUUGGCUCAUGUGGCAGCUCUUUUUAUGAGUUUCUUAUGGAAUGUCUUCUAUAUAUUUAGUUGUCGUAGAGAUGAAAUGGCAGAUUUUUGUUAGAGGUACUGCACCAAAAAAACUGAUUUUCACUAUGUUUGUCCUUGUAUUUUGGUGUUAAACUGAAAAUAAAUUGGAACCAAACAAAUUA